UGCAAACACUUGAGGGAUCCACAGGUGUCUGCUGAGUCCUCCUUUGUCCUGUGCCCUGGGACUGUCUGGGAGCUCCUCCAGCCUCCCCUCCCUUGGAGUGUGCAGACUGUACACACAGGAGGUGGGGAAGGAGGAGGGAUCCGGAGAGGCUCUUUUCCUGUUUCAUUUGAGGCACAAGGCUCUGACUUACCGGCUGCUCUGCCAACUUCCCCACUGCUGCUCCUGUCUUUUCUUAGCAGAUCGUGAAAGUUUAAGCUCCUCUGAAGAUGCUCUGACUUGACUGCUCUACCUCCCCAUUUGCACAAUGCUGCUGCCAGAAUAGACUCUGCUGCAUCUCUGGGAUUUGGAGUGACAUCAGGACUCUGCUGCAUCUCUGGGAUUUGGAGUGACAUCAGGACUCUGCUCCAUCUCUGGGAUUUGGAGUGACAUCAGGACUCUGCUGCAUCUCUGGGAUUUGGAGUGACAUCAGGACUCUGCUCCAUCUCUGGGAUUUGGAGUGACAUCAGGACUCUGCUGCAUCUCUGGGAUUUGGAGUGACAUCAGGACUCUGCUCCAUCUCUGGGAUUUGGGGUGACAUCAGGACUCUGCUGCAUCUCUGGGAUUUGGGGUGACAUCAGGACUCUGCUCCAUCUCUGGGAUUUGGGGUGACAUCAGGACUCUGCUGCAUCUCUGGGAUUUGGGGUGACAUCAGGACUCUGCUGCAUCUCUGGGAUUUGGGGUGACAUCAGGACUCUGCUGCAUCUCUGGGAUUUGGGGUGACAUCAGGACUCUGCUCCAUCUCUGGGAUUUGGGGUGACAUCAGGACUCUGCUGCAUCUCUGGGACUUGGGGUGACAUCAGGACUCUGCUGCAUCCCAUAACUACAAGAGCCUUCUGGACUCUAUCUCUGCUUCAUCUUUGUAACCAGUGACUAGAGGGAACCUAGGACUGUGGCUGCUACAACCCUGGGACUACCCCUUCUAUAUCCCUAAAACUAGUGGAACUCCCAAACCUCUGUUGCACCCCUGGCGUUAGAGAGGACCCAGAAGUUGCUGCAUGGAUCUAGCUCCGAGUUUGUUAUUUGGCUCGUUCAGGACAAGAAGCAUCAAUUCUGCACCGGAUCUGUCUCUCUUUCUUUGUGUCGCUUAGGAUCAAGGUUUUGGAUCCAUGUCCUUUAGUGAUCACGGGUUCUUGUUAUUGAGCAGGGGACUUCAACAAUAUGUGCCAGGAAUACAAAUGAGGGGAGUUCUCCUUAAAGUGAGUUGGGCACUUGUGCUAAGUAGCUGUGUUGUGGAUGCCCCACCUCUCAGUGCCCAUACCCCUGAUCUCCACUAAGCUUCAUAUGCUUCUCAUUCCAGGGGGGGCGAUCUGAAGGGGGAUAUCAGGAUAUUGGGGUUCACCCUGGAGUCUUAGUUUUUUUAAGUAACUGGUUUGUGUACAGCCUGUGUGAUGCCCUUUCAUCUGAGGACAGUGCAGCCUACCAACCUGUGUAGACUGGGCACCAGUGAUGGGCAAAUACCUAGAGCUGGUUCAGCCUUGGUGUUCACCUCAGUCCAAGAAGUCAGUGUUCAUUCUCUGCUGCGGAUCAUCCAGCAGCUGUCUGAUCUCUCCCGCCAUGCUGAGGACAUCUUCACCGACAUCCAGGAGCAGGCAGUCACCCUGGGGGAGCGCAGUGCCCACCUGCAGCGCCGCUUGGCAUCCCUUCACCAGACUGUCUCCCACCUGGACCACAGGAAGGUGCCAGUCCCGGUUUCCAAUCUAGAUGAUGAAAGUAAGUGGACGGUCCAUUACACAGCGUCUUGGCACCAACAGGAGAAUGUCUUCCUUCCAUCAUCCAGACCUGAGUGUGUAGAUGAUCUGCACAAGCAAGCCAAAGUCAACCUGAAGACAGUGCUGCGAGAAUGUGACAAGCUCCGAAGGGAUGGAUAUCGAAGCUCACAAUACUACUCCCAAGGACCAACAUUUUCCUCACCUUCAGAUAUGGUUUGCACAAGUUAUCAAGACGAUGAAGAUGAACAUAGUAGAAAGCCUAAUGUGUUAGGAUGCAUCUGUCAGUCUUGCCAUAGUGUCUGCUGUUGCUUGGUGCCCUGGAACAUUAAGUUUUCAGUCUCUUCAAGUGAAAAGGAAAGGCUGCUCACUGGGAAAAGACCAAAAACUCCCGUUCCUAAUGACUUCUCCGACACUCACACCAACUGGACCAAGUCACUUCCAUUGCCUACUCCAGAGGAGAAGAUGCGCCAGGAGGCUCAGGCUAUACCCACUGAUGUAGUGCCCAUAAACAUAACUGGGGAGAAUUUCGACCGCCAGGCCAACUUCCGGCGGUCUCUUAUUCAUACUGACACUGUGGUAAGACGUCCGAAGAAAGUCAAAAGGAGAAAGACUAUAACAGGCGUCCCAGACAACAUACAAAAGGAGCUAGCAAGUGUGGGGCAGAUAGGUUUCAGAGGACACUCAAUGCACAUUCCGGAGAAUUACAAUGCACUUGAUGAUUUAGAGCCAUGCCGCUCUCCUACGCAGAGGAUGGACACCAGGGACUUCAGCUGCCAGACUGAUGAGAUAAAGAUAGUGCCCCCUUCUGUCCGAAGAAUCCGAGCCCAGAAAGGACAAGGCAUAGCAGCUUUGAUGUCUAAUUCAUCAGGAAACAUGUCUUCACUAAGUGACACCACUGUAUAUACUCCACGUAUGAAUGGUGACUUGAAUUUCCGAAGCCUGCCAAGAACAGGUCCAAGGGUGUCUAUACAGUCUCUUGAGCAAAAUUCUGAGAGUCCCAGCCAUACACAAGACUCCUACAUUACAUUGCCACGUCAGUUAAGCAAAUUGCAGGUUGAUGACAGUAUAAUUCACCUGAGGAAUAACCCCAGAACAGGCACGCUACAAAGGCCAAAGUCGCAAGAAGUCCGAGGCUCUGAAAGAGAAGUGUUUUCCAAUCCAGCAUGCGUGGUGUCCCCUCAUGCUGCCUAUUCAACGAGUAUCAUCCCAAAUGCUAUGUUGUCAUCUUCCUCAGAGGUUAUUGCUAUUCAUACCUCACAGAGCACUGGAAAUCUGGAAAGCAAAGGAAUAUCCCGCAGCUCAUCUUCCCAUAAGAAAAGUGUGCGUAGGGAUCAUGUUAACCUUAAAGAUGAACGCCACUCUUCUAGUGGUAACUGGAGCGAAAGCAGUUCAACUCACCAAUCACAAACUUCUGAUACACUCUCCCCUAGUGCCAUAACAAUCAUUUCCCUGAGUGAUCCUGCAGCAUCCCUGCAUAAUGCAAACAGCAUGAAAAAUGGUUCCCAAACCAACUCUUACAAAGUAAAUGAUGCCUUUAAUAGUCCCUCACAGGACAGUGAUACCCGCAGCGAUUCAAGCUAUUCUGAUGGUCGGCAAAGAAAUGGUAGUAUAACCAGCAGCAUUAAUAGUGCUGACCAGUGGUCAUCUGAAAUGAAGGAAAAUGACACCAGUGCUCCUUUAAGAAAAACAUCAUCUGCAGUCUCUGGCUCCCCAGUGAGUAAUAUGAGCACCGGUAGUUCAGACAGAAAAGCAGAUUCCAGCUCACUUUACUCUAUAGACCCUGAUGGCUUUUACACUUCAAUGCACACAGAUUCUGGGAUAGGUCCAGGUAAUCAGAACCAUCACGAUGGCAUUCAGAACCCCCGGAACAGGGUCAAUUAUAUCUUUGAUAAGAAAGAGGAUCUAAACAUGGAAGAAAGGUCAAGCUGUAGUGAUAAAUCUCUAACACGCAGCAUAUCAUUAAAAAAGUCUAAAAAGCCUCCUCCCCCACCUUCUCGAACAGAUUCUCUUAGAAGGCCAAGUAAGAAAAGUCUCCAGUCAAAUGGGCAGGUACUCAAUGAAAAGCUUAUUGCUACUCUCCAGCAGUCACUGCAGCUAAACUUGAAAAAUAAAAGUAGUGGUUCACCAUCUCAGAGCCCUUGCAGUGACUAUGAGGAUCCCUGGGUAUUGCGCUCUCGCAGUCAAAGUACAGUAAGUGCAAGCAGUAGUAACAUGUCUGCCACUGCUCCCAAUAUGUACUCUAUUUGUCCAGUUACCCCCUCGCAGAGUGACACCAGUAGUAUAAAGUCUGAGUAUGCUGAUCACUGGAGCUACUACAUGGAUGACCAACCAAAACCUAUAAGUCCCUCACCCAAUAAAACGGUUAAUGAUUACAGUGCAAGAACUGUCACUCAGCAUAUACACACUGCACUUGCCAAGCAGAGCAAUGCAUCUCCAGAAAAGGCUUGUAGAGUGACGUCACCAUCUAGUGGAUAUUCAAGCCAAUCAAACACCCCAACCAAUCUGACACCUGUACCACUUUUAUUAAGAAACAUGUCGCCAGGAAGUGGGAAAAGCAAAACCAAACCCAAAGUGCCUGAAAGAAGAUCAUCCCUGAUCUCUUCUGUUUCCAUUUCUUCAUCGUCAACGUCUCUUUCGUCAAACACAUCAGACUCUGUACAGCAGACUAGUAAAAAGACAAAUCUCAUCCUACCGUCUUCUCAAACUCCUCCCCUUACACCAGACCCACCUCCUCCACCUGUUAUGGAUGUGGAUGACCAGGGUUAUUUGCCACCAUCUCCACAUUUUCCACCUCCACCACCAGAGGCAGUGUUCGAGUCGAAUGUGGACAAUCUGUGGGUUUCACGUUCUAAAACUGACAAUUGUGCACCUGUGACUUGUCCUCCACUCCCUCCUCCUUUACCCAUCCUCCACUCUAAAGCCCCUCCACUGCUGAACACAAAAGCACUGAAAAAUACAACUGAAACCUUAACACAAGGAAAAGAGGACGGUAGGAAUUUUAAUAGCCUCCACAAUAAACAAGACCCGAUAAGGCCAAAUACUCCUCUUGUUACUGCUCAGGCAUUGCAGAUGAUACAGUUAAAGUCAGUUAAAAAAUCCUCACCACUGGAGAAUGAAAAAAUUACUGAACAGGUGCUAUAUCCCAAACGUCACGAUGAGACGUCACCCUUAUUUUCACGGCCAUCAUUAGAGCCAUCUGCUUCUCUAGAUUCCAGAUUAAGCGUAAGCGUCAAAGAAAAUAGAAAUUCUAACUUGCCAAGCGAGCAGCUACAAUACUCUGAUUCUCAGAGCUGUUCAGAUACAUUUACAACUGGUGCAACAACAUACCCAGAAUGCAGAGAAGAAGAGUAUCAGAAGUCAGCAUACAAUGGAAACAAAACUAUUCUGUCCGAAAUGUCAUCUCCAGAGGAGAAACCAAGUCCUUCCCAAAUUACACCAAACGCAUCUCCCAACAAGAAGCCUCCUCCUGUUUCAAAGAAGCCCAAACUGUUCCUUAUCGUUCCACCUCCGCAGCUUGAUUUGGCAGCAGAAAAAAUAGCUCAAGUCAAUGAAAAUGUGAGAAGCAUGCCAAAACCCUCCGAAAGGGAUUCUGUAAGCGAACAUUGCGAGGAGGUAAAUGGUCGUAUAGCUGAGGAGAACAAUUCAGAGGAGGCUGCUGAUUUGGCUUGCCAAGCAAGGAAAGCUAGUUUGUCCCUCAGCGAAGUUGAGGAAGAUAAGGCAUUUUUCAUACAGUCCCAAGUUUUUGAAACUGCAGAUCACCAAAAAGAAGACUUCUGGGCCACAAUGUCUGAUGAGGUCCAUAUUUCAGAUAACAAGACAGAGAGUGGAAAUUGCGACCAAAAGACUUCACAAGAAGAGAAUGAUGUUUUUGAGGCACAAGCUGCAAGUUCACCACUUCCUCAUGCGAAUGAUUCCAUAGAUGGCAACAAGGACUUAUUAACUCCGACAAGACCUAGGACCACUGAGGACCUGUUUGCAGCCAUCCAUAGAUCCAAAAGAAAGGUUCUUGGCCGCAAGGAUUCUGAUGAUGAUCGCAGCAGAAACCAUUCUCCAUCACCACCAGUCACUCCAACAGGAAAUUUCCCAAAUAUAAGCUCAUUCAAACAGCCAGGAGCAAUCCAAAGAAGCCUCCGAAAAUCUAGCACAAGCAGUGACAACUUCAAAGCUUUGCUAUUGAAAAAGGGAAGCCGGUCUGAGAGCAGUUCACGCAUGUCUGCUGCAGAAAUGCUAAAGCAUACUGACCCUAGGUCUCAAAGGUCCAAAUCUGACUCCUCUCUUGAAUUCCCUGAUAGUCCAACAUUGACAUCUCCAAAUAAGAACAAAAGAGCCCAGGAGGAAUGGGCCAAGAACGAGGGACUAAUGCCAAGGAGCAUGUCAGUUUCUGGAACCAGGUACAGCCGCUCCAGGACACCACCGUCAGCAGCCAGCAGCAAGUACAAUGUCCGGAGCCGCCUCCAGAGCAGUCCCAUGACUGUGAUUUGUGAAGGAGAAGGAGAAACGGCUGACCUUGCUGAAAACAGCUUAACCAAGGCACCACUAAGAUGCACAAUGAGUGUAGACAGGUUUCAAAGAACAUUCUCAGAACUGAAUGACUCUCUAGGUCCUGGAAAGUCUGAGAGAGUCCACAUAGACUUGAUGAGCAAACUUCUGGAUGUUAGUCCAGUCAAAGACAAUGGUUCUGUAGAAGAAAAUGGCUAAAAGACAUUUUUGGAUGACGCUCAAUUAAAUUUUUCAAGCCAAUCCUAUGAAAGCAAUGAGAGAACUAUGACCACAAGAGAUGUUGCUCAUUGCCAUGCACUUGAUAUCUGUAUAGUAAAUGCUUUAGCACUGCAGUCUCUGAGGUAGGAUUUAGCAUGGUUGACUUUGUAUGCAGUACCUGCAAGACAGAGAGUGUUGGAACCAAAGGUAUGAAGCAGGAAAGAUCCCUGUGCCUAUGUUAGAACUGAACCUUUCUUAAAGAAUGGCCAGGUAGUAAUUUGGAUAGGCUGUCUAGCAAUAGUGUAUCAAGCUUAGUGAUAUCUACUAAACAGGGUAUUAUGGGUCAUAGAUGCAUUGCUGGUAUGACUUACUUUGGAAUCCAACCAGUGCUUUUGACAUUGAGUGCAAUUGUUGGGUCGGUAGAGGGCUUGUCAAACUAACCCAUUCAAGUUGCUGGAUUGUGAUUCCUCUGGUACUGUGUUUCAGUUUUCUUUUUCUUUACUAUUAAUUUUAUAGUUGAGUCACAUGUCUUGUGUAUAUUCAGCUGCUGUGCAGCGGUACAAGCCCUGGUUUCUCUUACAUAGAACUUCAUGCAGAACCAUCAGGUGCGGAAGUUUUCACUAAAUACCCAUCACACUAAAAAUCCUCUUAAAUAGAUACUGGUCUUUAGAAAAGGCUGUUAUAUUUACACAGAAAUCUAUAUAACCUAAGGUGUAACGCUCCUCUAACUGAUAGUACCUGCAGUGCAUUGUGCUGCAGCUACCGUCAAUGAGAUGAAGUGCAGCUGCAGUUUAGGUUUCUUUCACAACACUACAUAUUUUCUCAGACUGAGAACUUGCACUACAGGACUAUUUGUGUAAACUUUAUAUAUUUACGCUAGACAUGAAUUUUAACAAGUGAACACCACUGGUUUUUCUUAUCUAAAAUAUCUAAAACUGCUACAUUUUUGGUUACCAAAGAAUAAUUUGUACUUCCUUUUUAGUUUUGAAAUGCAAUUAUGCCUAUAUAAUUUCUUAACAAUUUUUACUUGUUAAAAAAAAAGACAUUUUACAAUUUCGACAAACUAAGUUUGUUUUUUUUACUGUUUUAUAGCAUCAUUUUGAUGUAUCGUGUAGUUUUUAUAUUAUUUGUAUAUAUUAGAACUUCUAAAACUUCACUUUUUAACCCACAUUUAAAGUUUGUACAUUUUUGAACAUUUUAGAUAAACAAAAUGUGUAGUUAAUGCUUAUUCUGCCGGAGGAGGUUACAUGAUCAUGUGAGUAACUGUGUUGCAACCUCCUGCAGUAAAAACAAAUGAGUUAAUUUAUUUUAGUACUUCUGUGAAAUGUGGCUGUGACUCCUAUUCUUGGUAAUACUGUAAGCAUUCAGGGGCCUUUUGACUUAUUAAGACAAUGCUGUGACUAUGCUUCGAAUAAAGCAUGGCUGAAAUGAC